CGAAGGAGGAGGAGUCAUUGGAACGAAAAAUGGCGGCUGUGUUGCAGCAAAUAUUGGAGCGGUCGGAGAUAUCGAAACUCCAGAAAACUGUAUUGACUAAAUUAGAGAAGUACAUUUCUGACCAGCAAUGUGAAGUAGAUUUUCUGAAGGCACAACAGGAGCAAUACCGUGUGGAUAGUGAACAACAAUAUUUUGACAUCGAGAAAAGGUUCGCUGAAAGUCAGUCUCAGUUUGUGUCCCAGACCCAAGAGCAUCAGAUCCUGAAACAAGAUUACUGCAAACUUGAAGAAGAGCUGAAAUCCUUACGAGACAAUAAUAAGGAGCAAGCUUCUUCAUACACAAAACUAGAAUCACAACAGAAUGAACUUUCUAAAGCCAAAGAUGAGCUUGAGGCAGAAAAACGAGAGCUUGUACGGACAUUGGAAAGAAGAUCCCAGGAGAUGGAACAACAAAGUGAGGACCUGAAACGUCUUAAUGAUAGAUUGUUGGAAGUCAAUGCUGAGAGGAUGCAGCUUCAACUAAAACUGGAUGGGUCCGAAGCCUCUGAGGUCUCAAUCAAGUAUAAAGAGCAGCGAAUGGAGCAGGAGAAAGAUCUACUUCAGGGUCAAGUAACCUGGCUGAACACCGAGCUUAAGGCUAAAAGCGAAGCGCUGCUGUCUCUUUCCCGGCAGAGAGGCAAUGAGAUACUGGAGCUCCAAUGCAACCUUAAUAACAAGGAGGAUGAGAUCACCCACCUAAAAGAUCAGGUGACCAGUCUGAAGGCAUCCAAUGAGAACCUUCAGAAGCAAGCAGAGGAGAUGAUCACCAAGAUGAGAGAGGCAAAAGAACAGCAAGCCAGUUUGGAGGAGAAGUUCAGUAAUGAACUCAAUGCCAAUAUCAAGCUCUCAAAUUUGUAUAAGGGAGCAGCAGCUGAUGCCGAGGCCAAGGGUGAGGAGCUCAGCAGAGCUGUUGAGGAGCUUCAUAAGCUACUUAAAGAGGCCGGAGAGGCGCACAAAGCUCUGGAAGUGAAGAUGGCAGAGCUGGAGGGUCGUAAAGAUAAGGAAAUCACUGAACUGAAAGGGAAAAUAAGCAGCCAGGAGAAAGAGCUUGAAAAUGCAAAUGAGCUGCUGUCAGACACCAAACACAGAGGAACUGCUUCAAUUCUUGCAGAGGAGCAUGUGACAACAAUGUCCCCCACCGCAGCUGCAGUUGCUAAAAUCAAACCAGGCAUGAAACUCACAGAGAUAUAUACAGCAUAUGUAGAGACUCAAGAACAACUACAACGGGAGAAACUAGAGACCAAACAACUGAACAAGUACCUGGAUGAUAUUGUGCAGGAGAUGGAAGCAAAGGCACCCAUCUUGAAAAGAAAGAGUGAGGAGUAUGAGCGCACGCAAAAGUCUGUUUCCAGUCUGUCUUCUAAACUACAGCAAGCUGUCAUGGAGGUCCACCGCCGACAGAAAGAAGCAGAUGAAGUCAACAAACGUGCAUCUGUGUUGGAGAGAGAUAACCAGAGGUUUGAGGUGCAGCUGGCUGACAUGGCUCAACAGGUGCGGGUCCUCCUCAUUGAGCUGGAGGAAGCACGUGGUAACCAUGUGAUGCGUGAGGAGGAUGAGAUGUGUUCAGCAGAUGUAAGCAGCACUUCGGAGGUGAUUUCUCAGCACCUGGUCACCUUCCGUGGUAUUGAAGAGCUGCAACAGCAGAACCAGCGACUCCUAGUGGCACUCAGAGACCUCAGCGAGGCUAAAGAGAAGGAUGAGUUGGAGGUAGACACCAUGAAACGCAGUGAGGUGGAGAAAUAUCUCGAGGAUCUUCAACGUGAAUUGGAGCAGCUGAAGGAAAAGAGAGCUCAGGACCUGCAGAAGGUUGACGCUGUGGCACGACAGAGGGACAUGUUCCGCAUGCUUCUGACCCAGGCCACUGGAGUCACCUUUCCACAGGGUGCUGUUGCUGAGGAGCUUAUUCUAACCUCCACUCCCCGCCGUUCUCCAGCCGUCACACCUACUGCAGGCACCCCUACAGGACUGGAUGCCACGGCGAUAGAAUCCACUGAGUCAGUAGAGGCCAAGGCUGCACUGAAGCAGCUUCAGGAAAUCUUUGUGGCCUAUAAGAAGGAAAAAAAUGAGUCUGAAAAGGCUCUGACUGAGCAAAGUGAGAAACUGCAGGAUCAAGUAACUGAACUUCGAUCUGAAAACACCAAGAUUUCCACACAGCUGGAAUUCACCUCUAAACGGUAUGAGAUGCUCCAGGAUAAUGUGGAGGGAUACCGUAAGGAGAUUGCCUCUCUGAAUGAGAAGACCCAGAAACAGGCUGCAGCAAUUCAGCUGAGCGAACAGACCAUACACACCCUCACCCAGGACCGGCGAGCAGCAACCGAGAAACUCACCAUUGCUGAGUCUGAAGCAGCAAACCUGCGUAAAGAGAGAGACAUGCUGAAGAUGGUGGAGAUCAGACUGACCCAGGAGAAAGAGAUCUUCCAGGCCCAACAGCUCGGCCAGAACAUGCUACUGACCAACCUCAAAUCAAUACAGGCAACUCUAGAGCGCUCUGAGACUGAGACCAGACAGCGGCUGACUGCUCAGAUUGAGAAGCAGGAGCGAGAGAUUGCUCAGCUCCAGAAAAGACUCGAGAAUGAGGUGGAACAGAAGCACUUGCUGGCACGCAAUCAAGACAUGCAGCUGAUGGAUGCUAAGAAGAAGCUGGAGACACAAACAGCUCAGCACCACAGGACAAGAGAACAGUUGGGUGCUGCCCAACUUGAGCUUAACAAUCUGAGGCUUCAGAUCAGUAGUGGGGAGACCCGGCUGGUUUCCCCGACAGUUCAUACAGGCCUGCAGGGUGGUGAGGGGGACAUGGAGGCUCUGCGUGCCCAGCUGAAGCAGGCUGAGAACAAGGUAGAAGAGCUUGAAGAGCGACUGAAGAACACCACUGACAGUAUGGAGCAGUACAAAGCCAUUAGCCUUAGCCUGGAGGAAUCCCUGGAUAAAGAGAAACAGGUAACCGAGCAGGUGCGUUCAUCUGUGGAAACCCAGAUGGAGGAAGCAGAGCAGUAUAAACAGCUGGAGCAGAAACUUCUGGAAAUGGAUAAGGUGAAGCAGAGCUUGCAGGAAGAGAAAAACAAAGCUGUUGUUGCUGUGGAACAAGAGCUGAGUGAGCUGAAGAAGUCUUUGAGCAGCCUGCAGUCAGAACACAAGAGUGUCCUUGAGAGAGCUUCUGUUGCUGCUGCACAGGAGCAGCAGGCCAUCCUGGACAGUCAGCAGCAGGCUAAGAUGGCAGCUGAGGCGCAGGAUAAAUAUGAGAGGGAAAUGUUGUUGCAUGCGGCCAACGUGGAAGCACUGCAGGCUGCCAAAGCUCAGGCUCUGCAGGUGUCUCUUCUCAGACAGCAGCUGGAGGAGAAAGUUCAGAGCACCAGCGCACAGCUGCUGGAGGCUCGUGUCUCCUGGGAAGAGCAAGAAAAGAUUCUCAAGGAGGAGCAGUGUAAGAUAGAGUCUCGCUGUGAAGAUCUGCAAAGGCAGAACACACUCCUCCAUGAGCAGAUACAGACUCUGAGUGGACAGAUGGCCAGUCAGCUACAGAGAGCCGCCAAUGAGAGUCCUCUCAACGUCUCUCUGACUGAGGAGGGCAAGUCUCAGGAUCAACUCCUGGAAAUACUCAGGUUUGUGCGACGGGAAAAGGAGAUCGCAGAGUCUCGGUUUGAGGUGGUCCAGGGGGAGAGUCUGAGGCACCGGCUGAGAGUGGAGCAUCUGGAAAGAGAGCUGAAGGAUGUUCAGGAGAGUCUUAGUGCAGAGAGAGAGAGGAUGCAGGUGACUGCAAAGACUCUGUCCCAGCAUGAUGAGCUCAUGAAGAAGACGGAGACCAUGAAUGUGCUAAUGGAGACUAAUAAGAUGCUGAGGGAGGAGAAAGAGAAACUGGAGCAGGAGCUGCAGGAUACUCAAGCCAAGGUGCGUAAAAUGGAGUUGGACAUAUUGCCUAUGCAGGAGUCCAAUGCAGAGCUCAGUGAGAAGAGUGGUAUGCUACAGGCAGAGAAGAAGCUUCUGGAAGAAGACAUCAAACGCUGGAAAGCUCGCACUCAGCACCUGGUAAGCCAGCAGAAAGACACUGACCCAGAAGAGUACAAGCGCAUGCACUCUGAGAGGGAAGCACAUCUCAAACGCAUCCAGCAGCUUGUUGAGGAGACUAGCCGGUUUAAAGCUGAGGCUGCCAGGAGUGGUAGCUCUGUGACUAUGCUGCAGUCUCAGGUUCAGAACCUAAGGGAAAACCUGGGGAAGGUGAUGGUGGAGAGGGACAACCUGAAGAAAGACCAGGAGGCCAAAAAUGUGGACAUCCAGGAGAAACUAAAAACCAUCACACAAGUUAAAAAGAUUGGUCGGCGUUAUAAAACCCAGUAUGAGGAGCUCAAGGUUAAAUAUGACAAGUCGGUAGCCGAUGCUGCAUCUGCCCCAGCCCAGGAUCAAGAGGCACAACAGGCAUCAGUUCAAGAAGUUCAGGGCCUCAAAGAGUCCCUCAACCAAUCAGAGAACAGGACAAGAGAACUGGAAGGCCAUCUGGAGAAUCUCAAUCGAACUGUAGGUGAGCGGGAAGCAGAGGCACGCAGUGCACAGGAACAGGCCUCUCGCCUUCAGGGGGAGGUAAUGCGUCUUAGACAGGAGCUUCAAGAUAAAUCUUCUCAGGAGGAGCGGCUCAAACAGCAGCUGAGUGACAAGGAGGAGAGGACCAAGAAGGCCAUAGUAAUGGCCAAGCAGAAGAUCAGCCAGCUUAGUGGUGUAAAGGGUCAGCUUCAGAAAGAAAAUGAGGAGUUGAAGCAACAAAAAGAGGAAUUGGAAGUACGAGUGAGUGCACUAAAGUCUCAGUACGAGGGGCGUCUGAACAGACAGGAAAGGGAGCUGCGAGACCUCCGUGAGCAGCAGGAGAGACAUGGAGAACAGAGAGACGAACAACCAGAACAGGGCUCCAGCAAGACCCAGGAACCUCAAAGGACAACAGAACAGCGACAGAUCUCUCUCAAGUCCACUCCAGUGGCAGAAAGAGGAAGUGCAAGCACUUCAGAGCCUCCAACUGCUAAUAUAAAGCCCACACCACUGGCGGCAACCCCCAGCAAGCCUCCAGCCAUCCCAGGAAACAAAUCCACCCCAAGGGCCAGCAUCAAACCUAUGAUCACUCCUGCCCCAGUGCCCACUCCUACACCCACUGCUACAGUCAUGCCCACCACUCAGGUGGAGAGCCAAGAGCCCAUGCAGUCAUCUGAGAGCCCGCUAGAGCAUAUGACUGUCUAUGGCAGUGCCAGCGGUUCAGUGCGGUCCACCAGCCCUAAUGUUCAGACCAACCUGGCUCAACCUCUCCUGAAUGUCCAACAGCAGAGCCAAGCCACUGCGUUCAUUCAGCCCACUCAACAACAAACCCAACCCCCUGCUGAACCAUCCAAUCAGGAACCUCCAGCUGCUGUAAUGCACCCAACCUCACAAUUAGACAGGCCUCUUUCUACAUCCUCGGGGCUAUGGAGUGCCACCGCUAGCACAAGCACUGCCAGUGCAGUGACCGCGUCUCCUAGUAGUGCCUUGAGUAAACGCGCCCGUGAAGAGGAACAAGAGUCUGCUGACACACAGUCCCAGGAUGAGCCCAGUGACUCUCCCAUUUGCAAGAGGGUCCGAAUUCAUAGGGUGGAGGAAGAGAUGUUGGCUGAGGACAGCACUGAGGCUGAAGGCGUUGUACCAGGUGACAACCAGGAGGCCCCUGACGCUGUACAGGAGUUGGAGAGCUAUGCUACUUUGGAGAUGAUGGAUGUGGAACCAGGGCCAUCUCAGUCUGUGCCUUUAGAUCGACUUCUGCCUCAUUCCUCUGACACGCAUCGAAGCCCGGAGGAGCCCGAUCACCACGUCAUAGUCAUUGUUAGUGACACAGAGAGUGAGGGAGACCACGAAGAUGAAUCGGAGGAGGAAGAAGAGGAGGAGGAAGAGCAGGAUUAUGAAGAGGAGGAGGAUGAGGAAGAGGAGGAGGAAGAGGAUGAUGAUGAGGAGGAUGGAGGGAUUGGGGAAGAGGGAGAAGAGAGCAACGAAGAGAGCGGCAGCAGAGAUGGCAAUGAGGUCUACGAGGGAGACGACACAGAGGGCCCCGAUCCCACAGAUCCAGGCACUGAGACGGAGGAAAGUAUUGGAGCGACAGACUCCACCCAACGCAUGGCAGAUUCUCAGAGCUUUGAAACAAGCACAUUGGAGAUGUUUGAUGCACCGGUCACCAGCUCUGCUCCUCGACCUCCACAAUCACCCAGGAGACCUCAACAUCCUCUGCCACCUCGACUUAACAUCUUGGCCCAACCUUCUCAGGAGUUGGGACCUCCUGCUCAAGUCCAGCGUCUCCCAGUUCGUCGGCAGUCAGUGGGACGAGGACUUCAGCUUACCUCUGGAAUGGCCAGUAGUGCACAGCAUUUCUUUGAGGACGAUGACAGGAUGGUUCCCAGUACCCCUACACUCAUUCCUCCGCGUUCGGAUGGAUUUCCGGAAGCAAUCCAUUCUCCACAGGUCGCAGGCGUAUCACGAUUCCGAUUCGGUCCUUCAGAUGACCUCCCGCAGACCAGCUCCUCUCACUCUGACCUUGUCCAGCUGCCCUCACAAGGCAUGUAUGAUAGUUCUGUUUUCCUUGGAGCUCAUGAGGAGGAGUCAGGGGGCCGCAGUGUCCCCACAACCCCACUACAGAUCGCUGCUCCUGUGACAAUUUUAUCAGAGACUCUGCCAUCUGAAGCAAAUGAGCUUGCUUCUCAGUCUGUGCCCACAGUGAGCACCUCCACACCAGGCCUCAGCGCUCCUGCAGGCACUAGUGGGAUGGAGGAGAGAGACGACAUGUUAAUGGACGCAGGAGACAGUACUGAAGCUUCACUUGAGGCUGUGUCACAGACUGAGGCAGAGGAAGCAGCCCAGACAGCAGAUGAGUCUAGUCUGCCUUCCACAAGCCAGGAACCUUCAUCUAGUUCUGCAGACACAAGCAGCUCUCAGCCUCCUAAAGCCAGAACAGGGUUUAGCAGACAAUGGACUAGUGGGCGUGGUUCUCGGAGUUUUGUAAAGAGGGGUGGACAAGGUGUCAUGGGUGUGAGGGGUCGUUUUGCCAGGUGAAGCAGUUGUGGAACGACACAUUCUGAACUAAUAGUUCCAAAAGAACACACCCUCACAUUUGUUCCACGUCAAGGAUUCAGUCAAAGUAUUAUAAUUGUUGUUUGUUAGUUUAAUGCUUUAGGCAAUCCAUCAUUGUUAUUUUAAUGAUUUUACAUCCGUACAAUAAAAUUGUUUUGAAGGAAA